UUUUAAUACUGCGAGUCAAGGUCACAGUAGGAGUGCGCAGUUUCAGUGUUGCCGGAACGUGCUAAUGUCCGUGCAGUUGUAAUAGGUUGGGUUUCGCCGGAUUCUCGCUUAUUUUCUUUGUUAUCGAUUAAGUCACUGGGAUACAAAUUACAAAAUUGAAAAAAAUGCACCAACUAACUGAUCAAAUGGUAUCCGGAUUGAAAAAUUAUAAAUACUCGUGUGUGGACAAUUCACCUUUUUCAAUAUAUGUUAUGCAUCCCUUCUGGAAUUGGUUGGCAAAUUUUUACCCUGUUUGGCUAGCUCCAAAUCUCAUAACAUUCACUGGUUUCCUUCUGACUGUGGCCCAUUAUCUCCUAUUGUGCUGCUAUAAUCCCACUUUCUUCUCAACAGUCAAUGUUCCUACUUGGGUUUGGCUCGUUACCGCUUUCCUUGUAUUCAUUGCCCAUACUUUAGAUGGUACAGAUGGAAAACAGGCUCGUCGAACUAGGUCAUCAUCGGCUCUUGGCGAAUUAUUUGACCAUGGAUGCGAUUCGUGGGUGUGUCUUUUUCUUGCUGGAUCAAUGUUCUCAUUGCUAGGUAAUAUUUAUACUGUGAGAGAAAUGUUUAUGGGGCAGUGGGUAUUAAUUAUCACUUUUCUUCUAUCCCAUUGGGAAAAAUACAUCACGGGCACCUUAUUUCUACCUUGGACGUUCGAUACAAGUCAAAUAAUGGUUGCUCUGGUCUUCUUACUCGCCUAUUGGCGAUCACCUACUAUUUUUAUGAAACCACUUUUAUUUGGUUGGUCAAGUGCAGCUAUUUUCAAGUUCACACUCUUUUCUUCAUUUUAUUUUGUUCAUAUACCAAUUACAUUAUGGAAUAUUAUAAGAACUUGUCCAAAUAAACAACCAUGGCAUCGUGGUCUUGGAUUAUGGGGUGUAAUUAGACCUCUUAUACCUGCAGGACUACUUAUAUUUAGUUCAUAUAUAUGGGCUUAUUAUUCACCAUCAAAUUUAUUGGAAAAAAAUACACGUACAUUUUUAUUUUGUUGUGGAACAAUUGCUUCAAAUGUAACAUGUCGUUUAAUCGUCGCGCAAUUAUGUCAUGUCCCAGCGCCAUUGCACAACAAAGAAGUUUAUUUAUAUUCAAUAAUUACCGUUGUUAUAUGUUUCAUUCUUCCAAUAAAUAAAGAUACGUCUAUUGAGUGUAUCGUCCUUCAUUUAAUAACGAGUUUCGUUACAUUGGAUCAUCUUUAUUAUGCUUAUCAAGUGGUAAAUGAAAUUUCAUCAUGUCUUUAUAUAAAAGUGUUCAGUAUUACUCAUUAACAACAACAUAAUGUGAAUCAAAUUUACCUCUUGAUUAUUAUUAUUAUUAUUUUUGUGUACAUUAUAAGAUCAAUCAUCUUAACUUAUUUCUUCAUGUGUAUGAUGAAUUAUUCAUAUUUACUCUAUGAAACUUUUAUUGUUUCAGCACAGAAUCUCAUUGUCCUUUUUUCGUUAUUCUUCAAAUAUACAUGAUUCUUUUGUCUUCUUUCUUUCUUUCUUUCUUUCUCUCUCUCAAUCUCUUUCUAGCAAAUUAAACAAUGUCAAUAUUUCUAUUUUAUUUUGUUUUAUUACUUGUUGUACACACACACACAUACAUACAUAGACCUUAUUUUACUUUCUCCAAAUCUGUUUUCAUCGAUGUAAUAAAUCACAUUGAACAGGUAUAUAUGAAUGUGUUCAAUGUUUCAGCAUGAGUAAGAAUUCAUGUUUCUGUUUCCUUCCUUCUUUCUUUCUUUCUUCUUUUACAGUUUUAGCUAUGAUACAAUUAUAUACAUAUAAUACAUGGUUAAAUAUGAUGUUUCCUUGAAUAAUUUCACUUUCACAUGUAUGAAUAUCAUUUAUCAAAAUAUAUUUUAUUUCAUUUUAUUAAAAGUAAUUUACAUUUUAUAAUUGCUUUUCGCUCUUUAUUAAAUUCUCUUCUAACUAAACUAUAAUUAUUUUCUAAUUCUAUGGAAUAAAUGUAUUAAUUAUGUCUGAUGAGAAGUAAGAAAAAAAAGAAAAGAAAAUUACUCAUGACAUUAUAUUGUAACUACUGAAAUACUCAACUGUAGUAUGAGUUUAGAAAUAGUUGACUAGAUUUAAUUUCAAAACAACCAAUGCUCCAUGAAGAGUAACAGAUAUAAAAAGGAAUUUUCUAAUUAUCAGAAUGGGUUUUGUGAAGAUUUUUACAAAUUUCAAUAGUUGAAAUCAUGAAUCAAUUGAAACUAGACCACCAUGAAAAACCUGGAAACACUGGACGACCAUUUCGUCCUAGUAUGGGACUACUCAGCAGUGAGCAUCCAUGAUCCCGCCCUCUGCGAGAUUCGAACCCAGAACCUAUCAGACCUGGUUGAACUCCACUGUUGUGAGAUAUAAGCUCAUUGAAAACAAUGGUGUACGGUGGCGCAACUUCGGGGAUUGGUUGAAGUUCGUCAUUAACACCAUUGGAUGCCGGCUCAGUGGUCAAGUGCUCGCGUGCGAAACCAGUAGGUCCUGGAUUCGAGUCCCGCGGAGUGCAGGAUCGUGGACGCGCACUGCUGAGGAGUCGCAUACUAGGACGAAACGGCCGUCCAGUGCUUUCAGGUUUUCCAUGGCGGUCUAGCUUCAAUUGAUUCGUGAUUUCAACUAUUUAAUUUUCUAAUUGUAUACUUCUACAGAAUUAUAUUCAUUGAAUAAAAACAAGCAAUA